UAAAAACAAAUUCAAAAAUGUUGCGCAGCAUUGUACAAAAAGCCGGACAAUCCUUGAACACAACACGUUUGGCCACUAGACAUUUUGGCAGCACCACCGUCAAAAAUGAAAUAUUCAAAGUACAAAGCUUGGAGGAUUUCGAAAACAAAGUCAAGAAGAGCGAUAAGGUUGUAAUUGUCGAUUUCUUUGCAACAUGGUGUAAUCCAUGCAAAAUGUUGACACCGCGCAUCGAGUCAAUUGUUGGCGAAAAAGCUGGAGCUGUUAAAUUGGCCAAAGUUGAUAUUGAUGAACACAGUGAAUUGGCUUUGGAUUAUGAUGUUGCUGCCGUACCCGUAUUGAUGGCUAUGAAAGGCGGUAAAGUUGUUAACCGCAUGGUUGGUUUACAAGACACUGACAAAUUGAGGGCCUGGAUAGAUAAAACUGUUGAAGAAAACAAGUAAA